AUGGCUAGUCGUCGUCUACUGCUCUUAGCUCCUUUAUUGUUCAGUCUUGUCGGAUCUUCUUGGAAUUAUAGACGUAAAAUCGACACUUUUCAGUUUACAGCACCAGUUUAUAAUGUUUCACUGGAAGAGAAUGCCCGUGGCAAAGACAUUUAUGCAAUCGUAAAUGAACCUAUUCGAAUGGGUGUGCCAUUGCCAAGCGAUGACGCCGUUCUGAAAUUUCGAAUUGUUGAGGGUGACAGGCAAUAUUUCAAAGCUGAAGUAAAGACUGUAGGUGAUUUUGCAUUUUUGCUUAUUCGAUAUCGAAAUGAUGGUAUACUCAACCGGGAACUAAAGGACCGGUAUGAAUUUCUUAUCAAAGCAUCAUGUCGACGAAAAGAUGCGACAAACUUGGAGACAACAGUCAUGGUUAACUUAUUUGUAAGAGAUCAAAAUGAUGCGGGACCAAUAUUUGAGAAAGACGAGUAUCGAACUGAAGUGAAGCAAAAUGUAUCACCGUUUACCACGAUCCUACAGGUGCAAGCUUCCGAUGCUGAUGUUGCUCUGAAUAGCCAAAUUUAUUAUUCGUUAGUGGAAUGGUCACUUGAUUUCAUGGUCGAUCCGAUUUCUGGUGCUAUUCGGAAUUUGCGACUCUUAGAAUCUGGCACUUAUGAAUUGAUAGUUUUAGCAGAGGAUCGAGCUUCAAGGCUGUUCAGGAAAAAGGCUCACUCUGAUAAUGGAAAUAAUCUUUUCAAUCACAAUAAAGCUAAAGCGGUAAUAACGGUAGAGCCAGUGGAAAGAAAUAAACGAAAGUUAAGCGUUGAAGUGAAACCGAUAUCAGUAAGUUUAUGGAAUGUUACUCAAACUGUUGCGAUAGCAAGAAUAGAGGGAGUGGCAGCAGAUGUUGUUACUACACUGGAAAUCGUCGAUGGCGAAUAUGCUGGCGCUUUUGUCCUGAAAAAAGAUUCAAGCAGUGCUAAUGUUUGGCUCGUUGAAACUAUCUCUGGUAUUUGGCCGCAAGCUGAUUGGUUUAUUCAGCUGAAAGCAACCGCUGUUGAUGAUUUCGUCGAGAAUCUGAUGGAAAAUAUUAGUGUACAAUUGAAAGGCAAACGACUGGUACAAUAUGAUGAUAAUUUAGAAGUUAUGCAAAUUGUUGUCAAUGAAUCGGUACCGCUAGGUUAUGUUUUGACACAACUGAAAGCUCAUGUUGUAAAUGGUAUUGAUGGAGAUAACGAGCAGAUAAGGUAUUCAAUUUCAAACACUGACAAGCCCUUCUCUGUUGAUGAAAAUAAUGGAUAUUUAAGAGUAAUCAAAUGGCUUGACUACGAAAAUGUUUCAUCCUAUCGUUUUGAAGUUUCUGCUAAGCUUUUGGAUAGUACUUUGGAAGCAAAGAAAGCGGUAGAGGUGAUAGUGGCAGACAGCAAUGACCACUGUCCAACUUUCGCUGUGAAAUGGACUCGAGGUGACCCUAUUGCUUUAUCUCGAAAUUAUCCGAUCAACAAAGUUUUGUUUAAAGCAGAAGCACUGGAUAUCGACAGUGGUGCAAAUGGCCGCAUCCGAUAUGAACUGAUCGGUGAAACUGUUACCAUUAUGAGGAUCUUUACUGUCAUCCCUGAUUCAGGCGAAGUUGUAUUACAGCAAAAACCACCAGAUAAUGAAUCUCAAUGGAAGCUUAGGAUUAGAGCAUCUGAUGCCGGGUGGCCGUUUCCGCGAAGUAGUGAAGUAUUGAUUAGCAUAUAUAUAAGUGGUACAAACCCACCUCCGAAAACGAAGCCAUCGUUUCUACGAAAACCGCAAAACGACCAUUCACCAGUUUUCAUGAAGCAAACUGUAUUUGUCGUAUCAGCGGAUACUCCACCUGGAAAGGUGGUGGGACGAAUUGAAUCUCAUGACGAUGAUAUGGGCUAUGCCGGCUUGAUACGAUUCGGCACUUUCGAUAAAUUUUUUGCACUAGAACCAUUUACUGGUGAAGUCGUUUUGCUGGCACCAUUGGGAGAGCUUUUGAGAAACAAAAAUAAAAAAAAGCAAAUGGAAUAUAUCGUUGAAAUAAUUGCCUGUGAUUGGGGACAACCUGUUCGAUGCACUAAUGGAACAGUCACAUUCUUGAUCACUGAAGCCAAUGUAUAUAGGCCACACUUCGAGAAGCCUUAUUAUCGCGUGCAUAUAGCGGAAGAUACUACAAUUGGAACCAAGUUUCUAGCAGUAUUAGCCCAGGAUAAUGAUUAUGGUGACAACGGACAAGUCGGAUAUCAAAUAAUCGAUUCACAGAAUCAUUUUCAAAUUGACGAGAACACUGGUGUUUUACAAGUUAUGACGAAACUCGAUCGCGAAGAAGUGGCUUUUCAUCGACUUACGAUUAUGGCUUUCGAUCAUGGACAUCCGAUGAAAGUCACAUUUGUAAAUGUCACAGUUGUCCUCACUGAUAUUAAUGAUAAUGCUCCCUUAUGUGUCGAGCCUAUUCGGAAGAUAAUAAUUCCGGAAGAUUAUCCAAAUAACGCCUUACUAACGUGUGUAGCAGCAUGGGAUCCUGAUGAAGGUAAAAAUGGUAAAGUAGCAUAUACAUUUGAUACUAUCAUAGAAACGUCCCUUACGUUACCGUUCCGUAUACAAGAAGAUACAGGAUGUAUUUUUGUGAACACUGAUGAGCCAUUUGAUUUCGAAACGAUUAAUCGGUACAAUUUAUCAGUAGAAGCAAUGGAUAAUGGUGAACCGAUGUUAAGUUCUAUAUGUACAGUACUGGUGGAGUUUUCGGAUGUAAAUGAAAAUUUGUUUCCGCCACUUUUCGAUGAUAUUGCGCGCGAAGCAACUGUUUAUGAAAAUGUGCCGCUUUGGACCGAAGUUUUUGCUCUGAAGGCCGUUGACCCGGACAGUCCAGAGAUGCCUGUAAAGUAUACUGUUAUUGACGGUGAUGGAAUCAGUUCCUUUAUUAUUGAUUCGGAAGGAAUAUUACGGACUUCAAUUGUUCUUGACCGUGAAGCAUGCGAUUCCUAUUGGUUAACAAUUGAAGCUUGUGAUAUGAACCCAGUUCCGCUUUGUUCUGUCCUUCAUGUAUUUGUUCGCGUUCUGGACAUAAAUGAUCAUAUACCUCUAUCCAUACAUCCUAUCUAUUUUUCCACUAUUCCGGAAAAUUCACCCGAAGAUACAGUCAUUACUAAAGUUGAAGCUGAAGAUAAAGAUGAUCUUUCGGAUCGUCAUGAUAUUACGAAUAUACGUUUUAAAAUAGUUAGCGGUGAUCCUCAAAGCUUCUUUGCAAUCGAUUCCAAAACAGGUUACAUAGUAACUCGUGGGAAAAGACGCUUGGACCGUGAAACUCAAAAAGAGCAUGUUAUUGUGGUAGAAAUCUGCGACCAAGGUCAUCCAAAAUUAUGUACUACUGUGUCAGUAGUAAUAACUAUCACUGACCUAAAUGAUAAUUUACCUUUGUUCAAGCAAACAACUUACAACUUCAAUGUGCCAGCUGACAAAAUUGGUGAAUUGUGCAGAGUAUUUGCUAUGGAUAUUGAUGAAGGACAAAAUGCUCGUAUAUUAUAUAAUUUCACUGAAGCGGAUCCACGAUUCUCUAUUGAUUCUGACGGCCAAAUAAUUACAACUGAUUCUCUAAAGGAAAACGAAAAUUAUCAGUUAACUAUUAAGGCAAGUGACAUGGGUCAACCAUUGCAAACAUCAUCACCAGUUUUGGUCACUUUGAAUGCUGUUAGAAGGCACACAAAAAAAACUGUAAAUGGUAAACCGAAAUUACUGAACGAGAAUCGUUGGUCUCGACUAUCGAUAUCGGAUGCAGAUAGCAUCGGUGAAACAAUUGGAUUGAUUGAGGCCGAGGAUCCAGAUGGAGAUCAAUUAUGGUGGAAAAUCACUGAUGGCAAUCCAAACAAUACGUUUGCCAUAAGCUGUGAUGCUGGAGAAUUGUAUUUGGCAAAGAGUCUUGAUUUGAUCAAAAAGAAUAUUACUAUAGUGAAAUUAAAAUUCACAGUAGAUGAUGGCCUUGAUACUACAGAAGGAGUGGUAUUGAUUGAAAUAUCCCGAAAAUAUCGACCUGAAUUUGAUGCCCAUUAUCAUAAAAUUCUUGUGCCGAAAACAGCACCGAUAGGAACAGUAGUGCAUACCUUGAAAGCUACUAUUGAAAAGCUAAAUGACUCCAUUAGUGAUCGAGGAAUAAUUUUUGGAAUACAUGUGGUAGAAGAUAUCGCUGUCACCGAUAUAUUACUAAUUAAUCCAAGUUCCGGAGAAGUGGUUAUUGCUGAACCGCUCAAUAAUAUCGUUACCAACUUCUUUAUAAUAGUAGUAUACGCUCGUUUCAAUCAAAUGAUUAACUAUGCACAACUUGGUAUAUCAUUGUUUGAUGAGACAAAAACGCCACCAAAAUUCGUUGUUUCUGAAUAUUUCACAACCAUUUCAACAAGCUUACCGGUUGGAACACCAGUUUUGACAGUGCGUGCAUACGAUUCGGAUCACAGUAGUAUCCAAUAUUCGAUCAUCGAAGGCAAUGAAGACGGUCACUUUGCGAUCAAUGAAUAUAGUGGUGAGAUUAGAACAUCUCAGCUGAUAUCAUAUAAUCAUGAGAGAACAACGUUGAUAGUACAGGCUAGUAUCCAGAAAAAUAGUAGUUUAACUGACCGAUGUAGCGUUCGAAUAAACAUACUCAAUGAUGACCUCGGACGCGUCAAUUUCCCUCAACCAUCGUAUUCUCUAACGGUACACGAAUCUACACCACCCAAUACAAUUGUUUACAUAUUAAAGACAAAUAGUGUUAUGAGCAUUCGCUAUAGUUUUCGUGAUCCAUGUCCGUUCCUCUCAGUACAUCCGAUUUCCGGAGUUAUCUCUAUAAAACUGGUCACUAGUGCUGCGUCAGUUCCUCACACUUGUAUUGCCAUAGCACGAAAUUCGCUUGGAACUGAAGAUUUCAUGGAACUGAAAAUCAAUGUUGUUAGUGAGAAUCAGUAUGCACCGUACUUCAGUAGUACCGUUUAUCAAGGAUAUAUUUAUGAAAAUAUGCCGCUAAACUCAUCGGUGUUGUUAGAAGAUGGUCGUCAAUUGCUUGUGAAGGCGAUUGAUCAUGACAGAGGAAUUAAUGGGCUUGUUACCUAUUGUAUUGUUUCACCACUUGAGCCAUACUUUACUAUUGACUACAUCUCUGGUGCCAUUCUAACGAAAAGGGAAAUUGACUUCGAGAAAGUAAAACAUUGGUCAUUUUAUGUUCAAGCAAGUGAUUCUGCACCACAAGUGUUAACAUCGCCAGUACCGGCCUUAGUUGAAAUAAUGGUUUUUGAUAUGAAUGAUGAGCCACCCUCUUUCAUUCAAGAGUACUACAAUGCAACACUUUUUCUACCGACUCUUAAAAACACAACGGUAUGUUAUGUGACAGCAAUCGACGUGGACACAGUAGGUAUAUUACGUUACGCCAUUAUCGCAUCUGACGAUAGUCAAUUAUUCGCUAUAGAAGAAUUUACGGGUCGUAUUUAUACGAGUGGCAAUAGUUCCGCUGAUUACGCAAAAAGCGACUAUGAGAUUAACUUAGUCGUAUCAGACGGCUUAAAAUCAGAUUCUACAGUCCUAUUGGUUCGUACUGAAAACACUUCUGAAACUGGAAGUACGAUUAAGUUUUUGGCAACAAACUAUGAAGCAGUGAUAACAGAAAACAUGACAUCGUCUAUAAUGGUGCAAUUGUUGACUGUCUGUGCCAUCAGUACGGUAAAUGGUAGCCUUCUGUACAGCAUUUUAAAUCCAAGUAGUUAUUUCAUAGUCGGUGUUACAUCCGGAAUUAUCAGUUGGACUGGUACAGCUAUUGAUCGGGAAAAAAUGCCCGUAGUGAAACUAAUUGUUCAGGCACGGCUAUCAAAUGGUGCUAACGAGCGAGCACAAAGUAUUGUGACAAUCAAAGUUGAGGACAAAAACGAUUGCGAGCCACGCUUCAUUGGUCUUCCCUAUGAGCUUACUAUCCCGCGUGAUAUUAAACUUGCUGAUAAAGUGACCAAUGUAAAGGCUGUCGAUGCUGAUGAGGGAUUCAACGGUGCUGUUAGGUAUAAAUUGAAAACAAGCACGGAGUAUUUUGAUAUUAAUGAGUACGAUGGGAAGAUCGUUAUCAGUCGAUCGCUUGAAAUUGCUAACUUCGAUAGUGUUUCACUAGAAGUUAUUGCUGAAGAUCAAGGAGAACCCUCUCUAUCAUCAUCGGCUCAUGUUGUGAUACACAUUGUUGAUAGGAAUAUACCAAUAUUUGGUAAUCGUUAUCAGGAAGCCCAUAUUCUGGAAAGUGCAGCACCCGGUUCCUUGGUAACAAAUGUUCAUGCAGCAAGCAUUGUAGGAGGUAGGAUCGGCUAUGCUAUCAAAUCUGGAAAUGAUGAAAAUCGCUUCAGAAUUGACUUUGACACAGGUAUGAUAAACGUGCACAAACCGUUGGAUCGAGAAAAAUGCACCUUUUAUAACCUAACUGUUGUUGCGAUCGACGUCACUCGACAAGGAGUGCGGGCAGAAAGUUACGUGGUCGUGAACGUUGAUGAUAUAAGUGAUACUCCCCCUCACUUUACCCAAUUUUUCUAUAGUAUAUCAGUCAGUGAAUCGGCAGCUAUUGGUACCCAACUUUUGCAGAUUGAAGCAAUUGAUCCGGACAUAAAUGAUAAUCAUAUUUCAUAUGGAAUUACUGGACCAAAUGCUUCAGUGCUUUCCGUGGAUCCUCGAAGUGGUGUUAUAUCACUCAUGAAAUCGCUCGAUUUCGAAACGAUGCGCUUAUUUAAAUUUAAACUAACUGCUUCUGAUUCUAUGCAGUUAACGUCAGAAACAGAUUUGCUAUUGCACGUUACGGAUGCGAAUGAUGUUGCUCCAAGAUUUAUUUCAAAAACAUUUAACAGCGUAGUAGAAAGUGAAACUCCCAUUAAUCAUUUCAUUACGAAAUUGGACGCUUCUGAUGAGGAUAUCAUGUCAAAUCUUGGAGAUGGCAAUCGAUUCCUGUUUUCCAUCAUAGACGGUGAUGUAACCUUGCUGCAAAUCAACCAGUCCACGGGUGUUGUAUCACUGUUACGAGCAGUUGCUGAGGAUGAUCUUAACAUUGGUAAAAAACACUUUAACGUUUCAGUCAGCGAUGGUAUUUUCACGGAUUUUUGCUUGUUGAUAGUGAAAAUUGUCAGAAGCCCAAGUGAACACCAGUUACCACGUUUUGAGCGGAUGCAUUAUUCUGCAGCUGUACAGGAAAAUGGACCAAUUGGUAUGACUGUGAUGACUGUUCAAGCGUAUAAUGGUAUACCUCCUCUAAGAUAUUCAUUUAACGGUUGUCAUGAAAAUUGUUCUGGAAUACUGAAUAUAGAUGAAACGACAGGCAAAGUUUACACGAGAAAUUUAUUUGAUUACGAAGCGCAACGCAUUCAUCAAUUCGUCAUUAUGGUUACCGAUGCUGGUGAUCGAUGUGCUUUUGCGACAUUAACUUUGAGUGUAAUUGAUGAAAAUGACAAUAUCCCGCAAUUUAUCUCUUCAAAGGUUGAGAUAUCAGUACCGGUUGAUUCACGUCCUGGAGAAUCAGUUUUAAUGGUAUUUGCUUUUGAUUACGAUGUUGACGAUGAGCUGGAAUACAGUAUUGUUGAUAGUGAUGAAAUUCGUUCCAAAUAUUUUACAAUUCAUCCAAAACAAGGAUUGAUUAGUGUUAAGGAACUAUUAAAUGAUCUUGUUGGUGAACAAAUUUCUUUAUUUGUUCGUGUGACGGACAGUGCAGAUCCUCCUCAUCAGAAUGAAACAUCUGUUAUAUUAAAUGUCAGUCCGAUUGUUCAUCUUCCGAAAUUUUCUACACAACAUUUCCUUUUUUCGGUGUCGGAAGAUGUGCCUAUUGGAACAGUUGUGGGUCGUCUUCAACAGGAUUCGCAACUCGAACUUUCGGAUGUUUUUUUUUCAUUGGUUUCAAUGGAUAAUUUAUCUGAUUUUCCGUUUUCCGUGAAACAAGAAAGUGGACAAAUUGUUGUGAACAGUGUGCUGGAUUAUGAGAAAACACGCGAAAUACGCUUCUUGGUGAGUUUGCACUCACAGAGACAACUUAACGCAAAGGCUGUUUCUUUGGUGACAGUAAGAAUAACGGAUGUAAAUGAUAACAAGCCACGCUUUGAAAUUACCUCCGAACGUGUCGUUAUUUCGGAAGAUUUGCCAAUUGGAAGCAGUAUUACGAUUAUUAGAGCAGUAGAUGAGGAUGCUGUGGGUUUGAACUCGAAAGUUCAGUAUUUCUUGGAAGAGGGCAAUAACAGUAGUACUUUUAAAUUGGACCAAGAAACAGGUUGGCUUUCACUGUUUAAAGAAGUUGACAGAGAGGUAAUAGAAGAGUAUGCGCUAAUAGUUAAUGCUCGAGAUGGAGGUGGACAAAGCACACGGAAGAAAAUAACUGUUGUCCUCAAAGAUGUCAAUGAUUCACCUCCGCAAUUCUCACAGGAAACUUAUUUUAUUGAACAAUAUAUGGAGGAUUUAAGAGUGGGGCAGGACAUUUUGCAACUUCAAGUUCAUGAUCCUGAUUUGUAUCCCAACAAUGUUACCAGUUUGUAUAUUAUGAGAGGCAACGAACAUGGAAUCUUUGGAUUGGAAAUGAACAGUCUUGUACUUCAUAAACUUCCAACAGAUUCAGAUUCUCUUGAGUCGCAUCUUUUGAUACUUGCACACGACGGAAAGUACACAGCAACAGCUGAAGUUGUGGUGAAAUUGCUGUCAAAUUUUUCACAGUUUCAAUGUGAACCGAGAGAAAUCCUUAGAAAUAUAACAGAAGAUUCACCAACUGGCACUAUUAUUAAAAUGGGAUAUCAGAAAGUGCGGAAAUCGUUACGCUUCUAUCUUACCGGAUCGGAAUCAAACUUGUUUGCUGUUGAAAACAGCGGAACAGUAGUUGUUCGUGACCAACUUAGUUCACAUAUUUCAAAUCAGGUCGAGCUGUUUCUUCGGGCGGAAAGUCCAGAAAGCUUAUGCAUUCAGCGCAUAAUUGUUAAAAUUGAAAGAACAAGUAAAGGCAGAGUUACGUUUACGCAGCCUGUUUUUUACGGUAUGGUUCGAGAAAAUCGUAAUGCAACGAAAGAGGAAAAAGUAUUCGCAACCAGACUGGAAACAACCAUUGACGAUCUGGAUGGUAUUGGUAGUGUCACAUUUAAAUUUGCAAAUAAUAGUAAUCAGUAUCUGGAUUUAUUUGAUAUUGAUAGCGAAACUGGUGUUAUAGCAGCGAUUUCUUCUCUUGACCGAGAAAUUAAGGAUCAAUACGACUUCUCAGUCCUAGCUGUUAGCACAGCAGGGAAUAGUGCAGAAGCAAAAGUAAUUAUUGAUGUGGGUGAUGUAAAUGACAAUGCACCUGUAUUUGAACAGAAUAUUUAUCAUCUGCGAAUUGCCGAGGAUGAAGCACUUGGGAAAGAGUUACUUCAGUUGAAAGCCUAUGGAGGUGAUGACAAGGAAAUUAUCAGUUACCAAAUGCAGGCCUCUGAUGAUGUCGCUAAAUAUCUAAGCAUUGAUGCUAACAGUGGUUUGUUGAAACUAGCUUCUGUACUGGAUUUCGAAAAAUUGGAAAAAUUCAUGGUAUCUGUUAUUGCAACAGAUUCCGGAAAACCUCCACUAAAUUCAACAUGUGAAAUAGAUGUCGAAAUUCUGGAUGUAAACGAUAAUCCACCGCUUUUUAUGCAACAUAUUUACCGAGCUAUGGUUUUGGAGAAUAUGCAGCGCGGUACUAAAGUUGUGCAGGUAUUGGCAAAUGAUCCAGACAGUGAACAUUUUGGCCGAGUAUCUUAUUCGAUAACAAACGAUGCAGUUGGCUUCACUAUCGAGGAAGAUGGGUGGAUUACAACCACCGAAAUGCUUGAUCGUGAAGUGAAGAGUACUUAUCGUUUGAUAGUGAAAGCAGUGGAUGGUGGUACUCCACCUCUCUCUGAUUCCACAAUUGUUGAGAUUGAAGUUGAGGAUGAGAAUGAUAAUGCUCCCGUUUUUAAGCAUUGCAAUAUGACUGCUGUUGUUCAGGAAAGUGUUGAACCUGGACAUGUUAUACUGCCAAUCUUCAUUACUGAUAACGAUAAAGAACCAAAUACCGGUCCGUAUAGGUUGGAAAUUAUUGGAGACGGUGCUUCAUUAUUUGCUUUUGAUCGUAACCUGAACCUAAUCACUACAAAACGGUUGCCACCACAUGCCAAAAAAGAAGUUUAUCUUUUGUCGGUUAAAGUUUCUGAUAGAGAUAAUUUAUCAACGGAAUGCCCAAUGACGUUGUUUGUUAAAGAGGAAAGUCGCCAUGCACCGCAGAGCAAUCCAUUGAAAAUUACUCUGAAUACACUGAUGGGAGAAUUUCUGGGUGGGAUCGUAGGUAAAAUCAUGGCGACAGAUGAAGACUCAACGGAUAUGCUGCGUUAUUCAUUAGCUGAUCGCGAAGCCAGUGCUAAUACCAUCUGGUCGAAUCACCAGCAUUCUAAAAUUCCAUUUAGUAUUGAUUCGGAAACAGGUGAUAUCAUCGGUGAAGCUGAUCUUCUUGCGGGAACUUACCGUUUUAAUGUUUCUGUGACCGAUGGUAAAUAUAUCGCUGUGGUGCCAGUUGUAAUUGAUGUGAUCUCAAUUGACCAGGAUGCAUUGGAUCAUUCCGUAAGCGUUCGGAUUCAUAAUCUUUUGGGAGAAACAUUUUUUAACAAACACGUCAAGAAUUUCAUGCACUCUUUGUCUAGAUUCCUGAAUGUAAAACCACAAAACGUUCGGAUUUUAUCUGUGCAAUCCACUUUGGUCCGACAUCAUCUUCUUGCCCGUCAGUUGAAUAAUAAAACGACAUCAGAGCAGGACUUGGAUAUUCUAUUCACAGUAUCACGGGCUGAUUCUCGUGGAUAUCAUCGACCUAAUUUCAUUCGACAAAGACUUGAAGAUAAUGUUGCUCAAUUAAGCGAUGAUAUUGGCCGAGAGAUUAUAUCAAUAAUAACGGAAAUGUGUCGACGAGACGUAUGUGCUAAUGGCGAAUGCAGGGAUCGUUUAUAUUUGGAUGACACUCAUAAUGUCUGCUAUAAGACCGAUCGUCAGUCAUUCAGCGCUCCUGUGCACCUCAGAACCUACGAUUGUACAUGCCGGACUGGUUAUGCCGGGAAGCGUUGUGAUAUACCAGUUGAUAAAUGCAGUCGUGAUCAGUGCACCAAGGAAGAGAUAUGCGUUCCGAUGAAUACAGACAUUGGGUUUGAUUGCAUUUGCCCACCAGGCACUACUGGCGAUCGUUGUGAUGCGACCGUUUGCGGUAGAGAUAGGCGAGAAUGCAGUCAAGGUGCGGAAAUUGGAGUUGGUGGUGAUGGCUUUUUCCAGAUAACCGUUGCAAACUCCGUAGAACGGCGACUGGAGUUAACGAUUUAUUUCCGGACUACAAGUGCAGAUGCAGUCAUUAUGUACGGAGCUGGCAAUUCAGACUUUCAUACCAUUGAGGUUGAGAGACGAUAUGUACAAUAUCGCUGGAACUGCGGUACUGGACCGGGAGUAGUUCGCAUUAACCAGCAGACGGUUAGUGAUGGCAAAUGGCAUUCUUUAAAAGUAUCGAGAAGAAGCAGGCACGCAAAACUUGUGCUGGACGGUUUGUAUGAAAAGGAAGGUGACAGUCCACAGGGUAGUGACGUCGUAAACCUUUAUCGACAAGAUAUAAGACUUACUUUUGGUGCUAUGGUUACACAAUCGGUCGACGAUAGUACUUUCACAACGGCAAAUGAUCUGAAGCCAAUAGUAACCAAGGGAAUGAUCGGUUGUUUCGGACGUAUUUCUGUUGAUGGUUAUGAAGUAUCGAAGACGAAACAGAGUCUUUAUCUCUAUAAUACUCGUUUAAACUGUAAUGCUAUCGUCAGUGCUCCGUGUGCUGCAAACCCCUGUAAAAACGAGGGUACUUGUAUUCCUUCCAGUGAAAAAGCUUAUGAAUGUGCUUGUCCUCCCCGAUAUUCUGGUAGCAACUGUGAAAUCGACCUAACACCGUGUGUUUCACGUCCUUGUCCUCGUGGUGUAGAAUGUAUCAAUUUGCAUAAUGACUUUUACUGCAGCUGUCCACAUGGCUUUACAGGGAAAACUUGCCAGUUGAGAGGAGAUUGGGAUCCAUGUUUGUCAAAUCCUUGUGGUCAUUUUGGAAGUUGUAUACGCUUGCCUCAUUCUGCCACUUUCAUAUGUAAUUGUUCCCAUGGAUAUUCAGGAACAGCUUGUAAAGAUCGAAUAACGGAUUUGAUAGCAGAUGGUUGGCCAUUGAAUGCAAUCAAGAUUGCUGGCUUGAUUAUCGUUAUAUUACUUCUCAUAAUCUUUGCCACCCUUAUUAUAUGCAUUUAUUUGCGUAUUAAAAAGAGUCGGAAAUCACCGAAAGUAAGGGAAAUGGAAUACGAAACAAAUAACUACAAUCCACGAGUGUCAAUGUCGUACGAAGGUGUGUCACAUGCUGGUGUGACACCAGCACCACCGUUAUUUCCGCGUUUACAUAAUAGCAAUUACGAGAAAGGCUUGCCUACAGUUCAGGUACGUCCUCUCCCAAUCCAUGAACGAAUAAGUAGCUCUUCGAUCGGAGGUGCUAGUCGAUCUCCUUCGUUAGCAGGUUCGAAUAGAUGCAGAAUUCGUUGGAUCGCAGAGUCGGGAUCGAUAAGAAAUUGUGGUUCAGAACGUUGUAUUGUUAGCUGCGAUGAAAUCGAACCUCUUGCUAGCAAUGAGACACUGAGAAGAUAUGGCGAAGUGAUUAUGGGAGAUGAUGAUGAAAUGGCAAGUUGCUCAUCGUCCCAAUUACAGUUAUCCGUUGCUGAUCGGUGUCGUCGAUCUUCUGGGCCAAGAUAUAAAACUGGGAUGAAAAGGACAAGAUAUAUCCGUGCGUCCAAUGAGGCUCAAACAAAGGAAGAUUGGCGUAAACAGUGUGAGAAAAGGAUAAAUGAAGCUUGUGAUGCAGCUGCUGAAUUACGCGGUGAACGUCUGAAGAGUAGUGCUGGUAUCAACAAGAAUGUUACAAACGAUUGUUCAUUAAAUAUAAAGGACGAUGACGACUAUAUGACAAUGCAACCGGUACAUCGCAGAGUAAUAAUACAAAGUUCAGAGAGUCAAAGAAGACCACUGUUGGAGACAAGUGAUAGUGAUGGAAUGGAAAGUGCUGAUUUCUCAUAUCCAGAUGAAGUGAAACCUUCACAGCACAGGAAACCUCCGCCUCCACCAGCGCAUAAUAUUAAACGGAAAAACAGUAAAGCUAUUGUCAGUAGUAGUGAUGUCCCAAAUCGUGUUUACGAUGAACCAGCCAUUGAUGUUGGUGACAAAAAGUCUUCAAAGAUAGUUAAGAAAACGCAGUCAACCUCAGAAUUAGCGCAUUCAUUGGAAAGAUUUGAAGAUUUCGGUAAUAUUGAUGACAGUGACGAUGAUCGAACGGUGAACACUUCCACAUCUUCAAAUGUACAUCAAACAAUGGCUGUCCUUUGA